AUGAAUUUGCCAACAAUAGUGAAGGUUCCAAACAGGCGUGCAAGCUUUUAUUCUGGUUAUAUUUCAACCAUUGCUAAUGAGUUGAUUGGAAAUGAUUUAUCGACUCAAGAUAGAGAAGCUGGUAUGACCAGAAUUUCUACUAGGCGAAAAAGUUUGAGUGAAGCUUUGCCUAAAGCUGAUGACAUAAUUUUAAAUAGGGAUAUACAUGACUAUAAUUCUAUAAAAAAAAAGAUCUAUUCAAGUGAAAGUUCAAAUAAACGCCAAUUGUUUAACAAGGAAGGUUCCAGUAAGAGUUCCAAACAGUCAGAAGCCUCCAACAAGAAUAGUUUAAUUACAUGUAAGUCUCCAAUUAUAAUAUUGACUAAAGAACCAAAAAUUGUACCUGAAAAUAGUCCAGCAAGCCAAGCCAGCAAUAUAAAUAAGACAAUACCUAAAGCUUUAAGUGAAAGUUCAAAUAAACGCCAAUCGUUUAACAAGGAAGGUUCCAGUAAGAGUUCUAAAGAGUCAAAAGCCUCCAAUAAUGAUAUAAUAACCACAUGUAAGUCUCCAAUUGUGAUAUUGACUAAAGAACCAAAAAUUGUACCUGAAAAUAGUCUAACAAACAAUAACAUUGAAGCAGCAACUAAGAAUGCAUUAGAAGCCAAAAUAAAUCUUCAUCAGAUGAAAAAAGAUUGUGAUAAAAUUGAACCGAUCUUGAGUAAUAUAAAUAAGUCAGUACCUAAAGCUUUAAAUGUAAAUGCAAAUAAGCAUGAAAUGUUUAACAAGGAAGGUGGUCUAAGUAAGAGUUCCAAACAGUCAAAAUCCUCCAAUAAUGAUAGUUUAACAACAUGCAAGUCUCCAAUUGUAAUAUUGACUAAAGAACCAAAAAUGGAAGAUCAACAUCGAUCUUCCAUUGAACCAUCAUCAAUGGUUAAAAAUAUUCUUGCUAUUACAAAGAAACGAGUAUUUGAAACUGACCACAACAAUUGUGAAUCUGAGUUUAAAAGAAUUAAAUCCAAGAAGUAUAAAUCACCUAAGGAUUCUUGUAAACCAAAUUUAACUAAAAACGUAAAAGAAAAACUUAUGUCAAUAAAGAUUACUCAAGAUUCUGAUAGUGAUUCCGAUAAGCCUGUUUUAAAAAGGAAUAUGAUUGAUAUCGAGAUGAGCACACAACGUAAAAUCAUGGAAAGUAAAAUGUACUUAACCCAAAAACUAAUGACAAUUUCUGAUACUGAUGAUUUUGAUACUAGUUUUGAGACUGGUCUCAGGAUUGAAACGGAUUCUGAAGAUGAAGAAAUUUUGAACAGUAUUUUAUUAUCAGGUCGUAAGAGAAACAGAAAAAGCAAAAAUGUUAAUGUACAUAAAAGUAUCGAUUUUACACCUGAUGAAAAUGGUACAAAGCUGGCUGUUGAACUUGAUUCCAAUGAUAUGAUGACUAGUGAUAAAGUUGUCAAACAAAAUGUUAAUGUUGAUCUUAUAGUUAAUGGUGUACCUGAACAAGAUGAUAAUAUAUUGAGCUGUGAUAAUGAUCAUGUAGUCAUUCCAAACGACUCACCAAAUGCAGGUGAAACAUUUGACAAUGAUUUUACUGAUUCAGAACCUGAAAUAGUCGAUGAAGUAAAUUUAAAUAGCCCAGGUGAAGUGGAUGGAAUACAAAUUAUUUCCAAAGAAAUAUUACCAAAAGAACCCAUGUCUAGUAACUUUCUAGAUACCAGCAUGGAAAUUGUAAACUCAUUCACUCAAGACAUCGAAGAAGACAACAUUUCUGAAAAUCUGGUACUUCAAAUUGAAACAGAUUCCGAAAACGAACAGUGUUCAACCAGUAGACCUAGAAGGCCAUCAUCUCUUCUUGGAAAUUUUAUGACCAUGAUUGAUACAGAUUCAGAUAGAAGUCUUCCAAUAGCAGGAAGUGAUUUAGAAGAUGGGCCUGUUGGAAGUUGUUCGAUGAAUUUAAAUAGCUGCCCUUUGGAUAUGAGACCAGCAAAAGAAUCGGAUUCUCACAAUCAUCUGGAAACUAUAAAUCUAAAUGACAAUGUUCAAAUUGAUUUUUGUGCCAACGAUUCAUUAAUUGAGGAGGCGCAAAUAAAUUUGGUCAAUAAUGAAAUGUUUAAUAUUGAUCCCAAAUAUGCAUCGAUGAUCAAACCUUGUUCGGUUGUAUUGGAAGAUUGUUUGGAACCUGUACACAUCGAACCUGAGAUUGAUAUAAAUAUAGAAACCACAGUACAUGCAUGUAUUCCCUGUAAUGAAACUUAUACGACCUUAAAAGAUUUAAGAAAACAUGUAUAUACAACGCACGUAAGUGACACAACCAAUAAAUGUUUCAUUUGUGACGUCGAAAUUACCAACAAGAACAAAAUGACCACUCACAUAUUGACUCACAUGCUUACGGUUAUUUAUAUUUGUGAAAUUUGUAACGCAGUGACAGAAACUCAGGAAAGUUACGAUAAACACAUGCUUACCCAACACAACAGCUUUGUGUGUGAUGUAUGUGGUAAACCUUGUUCAUCCAAAAAUACUUUGACCAAACACAAAAUAGUACAUCAGCCAGAUAGAUACAAAUGCAAGGUAUGCAGCAAAAUAUUUGGUAGCGCCCGUAAACUCAGGCGACACAUGCUGAUUCAUGGGGAAAGGAAAUUUUUCUGUGAAAUUUGUGACGCUACAUUUUGUAGAAGAGAAGUUUUAAAUGAUCACGUGAAGAUGCACAGCACAGAACGUGCCUACAAAUGUGACUUUUGUUCUAAGACUUUUACCACAAAAAGUAGCCUGUAUGCACACAUAAGAAUCCAUGAUAAAACAAAACAAAAGAAGUGUGAAUACUGUUCGAAAACAUUCACUACAAGACAAGCUCUCCUAAGGCAUUUGUACAAGCAUGAAAAUGUCCAACUUCAUCAAUGUAAUGUGUGUAAGAAUGUUUAUGAAACUUUAAGUGAAUUGAAAGCUCACGAGCAGAAGCACAACGGAGAUUUGGAAACAUUCCAGUGUCGAAUAUGUGGAGAAGUUUUUACAUCGAAGGUGAAAUUGAGUCAUCAUAGGGAAGGUUGCAGGGAUAAAAAUGAUUCUAACGAGGAAGUGGGAAGUCACUGGUUGAUGUAACAUUGAUUUUUAGACACAUUUGGUUCCAUUCAUUGUUAUAACGAAUUGUUAAUGAUAAUUUUUACUGUGCGUCGUUAAUUUUGGGCUCACGUAUCUUUCCUAUUUUUUUUUAAAGAAAUUGCUAAACUUACGCAACUAAGAAUUUUCUUUUAAACAACUACAAUUGCUAUUUGCUAAUGAGGGACAGAAAUUAGCUGGAAAAUAAAUAUCUAAACAUUCUAAUAUCAAAAUGAGUAUUAAAAUAUAUCAGGUAGUGUUUACGAGAAAAUACUAAAUACUAAAUAAAAAAAAGUUAUGCAGCAAAUGUUAGACCAAAUUGUUGCAGGAAGAGCUGACAUGCGACAACAUUUACCAUGAAUUUGUUUAAUUUAUUACUUAUAGUUUAUAUAUAGCAAUAAUUUGUUUUGCUUAACUUUA